UAACGGCUUAUAUUGAGGGGAAACCCCUUCCCAUGCUUGUGGAUACGGGAGCCGAACAUUCGGUCCUCCUGUCACCCUUGGGGAAGACCAGCUCCAAAACCUCCUUGAUCCAAGGAGUGACGAGGUCUAGCCGAUACCCCUGGACCACGGCACGGACCGUCAACCUAGGAACCCUCCAAGUUUCCCAUUCCUUCCUCGUCAUCCCUGAGAGCCAGGCUCCCCUUAUCGGGAGGGACCUCCUCCACAAGAUCGGGGCCCACAUUCACUUUUCUCGCGGGACCGUGUCCCUCACAGAUGAUUCUGGCCCCCUCACGGUCCUUACCCUAGCCCUCCAAGAUGAACACCUUUUAUAUUCGGACCCAGCCCCCCUGGACAUUCCCCCCCAUGUGCGACCGUGGGUGGAAUCCAUUCCUAAGGUCUGGGUGGAACUUUCCGGAGUUGGGCUGGCCAUAAACCAACCACCCAUCAUCCCCCUCAAGAGUGGGGCCACCCCUAUAUGGGUUAAACAAUACCCGAUGUCAGCCGAGGCCAGAAAUGGCAUUCAACCUCACGUUAAGCGCCUUCUGGCCUCCAGGAUCCUUACACCUUGCAAAUCUCCAUGGAACACUCCACUCCUCCCCGUCCGUAAACCAGACACAGGGGAUUACAGACCCGUUCAAGACCUACGGGAAGUCAACAAGUGUGUUGAGGAUGUCCACUCCACCAUCCCAAACCCGUAUACUCUCCUUAGCAACCUACACCCUUCCCUGACCUGGUAUACUACUUUAGACUUGAAGGAUGCCUUCUUCAGUCUCCCACUGGCCGCUGUUAGUCAGCCCAUCUUUGCCUUUGAGUGGUUCUCCCCUGAAACCCACUCGAUUAUUCAACUCACCUGGACUCGACUUUCCCAAAGGUUAAAACUGAGCCCGACCAUCUUUAGCAACGCUUUGGCGGAAGAUUUGAAACCUUUUCGCCAGCUACACCCCACUGUGACUCUUUUGCAGUAUGUAGAUGACUUGCUGAUCACCUCCCCUACAGAGGAAUCCUGCAAGGAGGCUACAAGGGACCUCUUGCUCUGCCUCGAGGCCGCUGGCUACUGUGUCAGUGCCAAGAAAGCACAUAUAGCCCGCCGAGAGGUCACCUCCCUUGGCUAUCGCCUGCACGAUGGCCUCCGCUGGCUCACCCCAGCCAUGACCCAGGCCAUCCUUUCUUUCCCCACCCCCUCUUCGCCUCGGCAGGUACAGAAAUUCCUGGGAUCUGUGGGAUACUGUCGCCUUUGGGUGCCCAACUUUGCAGAAACAGCAAAACCCCUCUAUGCUGCCACCCGGGAAACCUCAAACUGGGUUUGGACGGAGGACAUGGAAAUAGCCUUCCAAGACCUCCGAAAGGCUAUGCUGCAAGCACCGGCCCUAGCCCUUCCUGACCCAGAGAAUCCCUAUCAGCUGUUCGUUGAAGAACGUCAGGGGGUGGCGAAAGGGGUCCUCACUCAGAAACUGGGACCCUGGGACCGGCCGGUGGCCUGCCUUUCCAAACAGCUCGACCCGGUCUCAGCGGGAUGGCCUUCCUGUCUCCGCAUUAUCACAGCAGUGGCCCUCCUGGUCAAGGAUGCUGACAAACUCACACAUGGCCAGCCGCUUCUCAUCGCCACCUCGCACGCCAUUGAGAGUGUCCUCCGUCAACCUCCGGUGCGCUGGCUGUCCCACGCUCGGCUGACCCACUACCAGUCACUCCUCCUGAAUGAGGCUCAGCUGUCCUUCCGGGUAGUGUCCACCCUUAACCCCGCCACACUUCUCCCCACCAGGGAUGACAACACCGAGACGCACUCCUGCCAAGAGAUCCUUGUGGAAUCGAUAUCUGCACGCCCUGACCUCAAGGACGUCCCUCUGGCAAAUCCGGACCUCGUCUUCUUCACUGAUGGCAGCAGAUUCAUGCCCCCACAAAGCAGGAGAGCCGGAGCAGCGGUAGUAGAUCACACUGGCCAGGUCAUCUGGGAUGCUUCCCUCCCCGAGGGGACGUCAGCACAGAAAGCUGAACUGGUUGCCUUGACAGCAGCCUUGCGGGCAGCAAAGGACAAGCAGUCACUAUAUACACAGAGGCAGUCGCUAUGCCUUCACAACCCUGCAUGUGCAUGCACCGAUAUACCUGGAAAGGGGGUUUUUCAGCUGGGAAGUCGGUGGCCCACCUCGAGGACAUCCAAGAUCUCCUCGCAGCUGUCUGGGAGCCCCAUGCAGUUGCCGUUGUCCACACUCCUGGACACCAAAGUGGCUCGUCCCUCCCCACAGUGGGAAACCGCUGGGCAGACGAGGCGGCUAAGGCAGCAGCAACAUGGAAUCGGGCCCAUACCCUAGUGUUGCCCAUCCAGGCCAGCC